AUGGCGCCCCUGGAUAGCGAGCAAGACGUGGCGAAGGUAAGGGAACAGGCGAUUGCAUUCUACGACCAAGAACACAACUUGAGCUCCGAAGACCGGCAGCAGCUCUACGUGUUCUUCGAACAGCAGUGCCGGAGAAUGCUACUUGGGUUCUCUGUGGGGGUGGCACUGGGCACGGCGGCUCCGUUCAUAGUCCGGAGAAGAGGAGCCUUGGUGCACCCGGCGCUCCCCAUUGUGGGCGCCGUUUUGGGGGGCACGAUAGUGCCCGGACUGGUCAACCAUAGCAUAUACACGAUGCAAGUGGACCAGUUCAACCGGAAAUACGGCGAGAACUCGGCCAUCUGCCGGACCAUAGCCAAGACGCCGGAUCCGAUGAGCAAGUCUGUUUUCUGGUCCAACUACUUCCGCAAGUCCAGCAGCGACCCGAACUUCAGGAUGAAGGACCCCCGCACGGUGGUCAACUCCACCAAGUUUUUUUCCAUGGAGGACACCCCGAAGCUCCCUCCGUACGGGAAGCCCGGGUACUACAAAAGCGACGAGAGUGGCACGCCAAGGACCCUGAACGAGCAGUACUUGUCUGGAUGGGACAAAGUCCGCCUGCAGAAGGCUCGGCACGCAGACCCGCAGACGCAGCACUCUUCCCCCUUAGCAGUGCCGGACCAGUCCGACCAGCACGAUGAACCGGACUUCGGGCUGUCUUCGGCGACCCUCUCCUCUCCACGUUCGAUCGGCGAUUCCUACGACUCUAAUGAAAGCGGUUCCCAGCACGGUGGGGACCGUGCGGCAGAGAAGCCCUCCGACUUUCUGCGGCUGGACCACGACCAGCUCAUUCAGGACCAGGGUGCCCAGGGGAGUGCCUGGGACAAGGUCCGCCAGCAGUCUGGCCGCCAUUGA